UUCACUUUACUGGCUUCCUGGCACGGAUCGAAGAACGGCAACAUUUAAGCAUAGACGCUAGAUCCAAUGAGAUCAUUUACGCAUGGCGGUCUGUGAACAAGUAGAAGCUGGUAGAAACGAAUGAGUAUCAUUGAUGAAUAACAAAAUAUCUCCUGAUUCGGAAGAACUUCCGACAAACAUGCACGAAAUGAAAGGAAGAAACAAUGAGAUAGAGCAGGAAGCAGUUGGACGAACACAUGAAGCUGUUCCCAAACAAGGAUUUUGUGACGUUCUUCUGACACUUCUGUGUUUAGCUCUGAUCAUUGUCACUUUCCCAUUUUCGCUCUUUUUCUGUAUUAGGGUGGUUCAAGAAUAUGAGAGAGCGGUCAUUUUUCGUCUGGGUCGGUUACUUCAUGGAGGAUCAAAAGGUCCAGGUAUAUUCUUCAUCCUACCAUGCAUUGAAAAUUGUACAACAGUUGACCUUCGAACUCUAACCUUUGAUGUCCCACCUCAAGAAGUAUUGACCAAAGAUUCAGUAACCAUAUCGGUGGACGCUGUCGUCUACUAUCGAGUCCAGAAUGCCUCAGUAUCCGUGGCCAAUGUAGAGAAUGCCCACCAUAGCACCCGCUUGCUUGCUCAGACUACACUCAGAAAUAUUCUUGGAACUCACAACCUUCACGAGAUACUGGCAGAACGAGAACACAUCUCCAACUCCAUGCAGAGCGUUCUCGAUGAAUGUACUGACGCUUGGGGAAUAAAGGUUGAAAGAGUGGAAAUCAAGGACGUAAGAUUACCAGUUCAGCUGCAACGUGCCAUGGCAGCUGAAGCGGAAGCUACACGAGAGGCUCGUGCAAAGGUCAUUGCAGCUGAAGGAGAACAGAAAGCAUCUAGAGCUCUGAAAGAAGCUGCUGAUGUCAUCGCUGAGUCUCCAGCUGCCCUCCAGCUGCGAUACUUACAAACUCUCAAUUCUAUAUCGGCGGAAAAAAACUCAACCAUCAUAUUUCCUCUCCCGGUGGACAUCAUUGGAGGCUUGUUGAAGAAAGGAGAAUGAGAUGAAUGUUUAAUGUGUAACAUGUAAGCUCAACUAGUGACAUCUGUUAGUAUUCAACACACUGUUUUAUGAAAAGACGAUCACAUGAUAUAACAUCACAAGUGUUCUGUUGCACAGGUCUUUAAGUAUAGCUUAAACUAAGUAUAGAAAUGAACUUUUUUAAAACCUGGAACCAAUUGCAUCCCAAGGAACAAAAGAACUUUGUAAGCGUUUGAUCCCUAUUGUUUAUAACGUAUUAGGAAAGCAUCAUAUUUAAAAAUUGUAUAUGUAUAUAUGUGACUCUGAUUGACUCAUGUCCGUUUAACACUGUAAGAAGAUCCGCUAAAGAGUAGUUUUAAAACUGAGAAAGCGCCACCAACCAACCAAACACAAUAAUAAAAGAAACGAUAAUUUACACCUGGUGGUGCUUUGAAUAUACUACACGCAAAUAUACAUAUAUAAUGUGUGUAUGUGUGUUUGCAUGUAAUAAAACAAAUAUUCAUUUUCACACAGGGUCUCAGUUCAAACAAACGCCACUUAUCACGUUGCUAGACUCUCGGUUCAAACGUCACGUAUCACGUUGCUAAGCUCUCGGUUCAAACAAACGCCACGAAUUACGUUGUUAGGCUCUCGGUUCAAACAAACGUCUCGUAUCACGCUGCUAUGCUCUCGAUUUAAAGAAACACCAAGGAUCACGUUGCUAGGCUCUCGGUACAAACGUCACGUAUUACGUUUCUAAGCUCUCGGUUCAAACAAACACCAAGGAUCACGUCGCUAGGCUCUCGGUUCAAACGUCACGUAAUACGUUUCUAAGCUCUCGGUUCAAACAAACACCAAGGAACACGUUGCUAGGCUCUCGGUACAAAGAAAUGCGUGUUAAAACUUGUUGAAAAUAACAAAUUUGUGUUUAUAACUUGUUUUAAAAGAAGUUCUUAUAAAUACACGUUUAAAUCAAUAGCAUUAUUCAAGACAACUCUGCCAACAGAGAAUAUUAUCUGAUAUGCAUUCUCUAAAAUUUGUCCACGAACUUUCUUAUAGUAAACGUCAACAAUAAACCAGAAAUCAUUUUGAUAAAAUAAUUAUAACCCCAUAACAAAGUUACUUCAGCAAAAGGCGUUUCGUAAAUUUAGAACCAAAUAUAAUAGACAGCCUAAAAUUGGUUUCUCCGCUUCAGAAACCGUGUGUUGUAAAGCUUUGAACAGAUCGCAGGUUUCGACUCGUGUGAUGACGUACUUAUAUAUAUAUAUAUAUUGUUUUAUUAAAAAAAGUUGGAUUUAGGAAAAAGUAGACAUUACACAACAACUUUGAUAUGAACUUGUUGUCCUAGUCCACAAAGUGUUAAAGUGAGUUACCGCUAUCGUUUUAUCUCUAUGUGCAUCUGUAGCUUUAUUUAUUAGCAUAGCUACGAUAUUCCGUGUGUUAUCCGGUUAACGAGCUGUAUUAAAAAAAAGAUAAGGAUACUUUCGUAAAUCAUACAUAAGUUAUAUCGAAGAAAGUAUCUUAUGAACAUGUAGAUUACUGAGUGGUCAUUUGCGCAUGCUCAGUCAGAAUAAAAUUUAUGUACCUUUUA